AUGGAAGAACAUCUGAUCGACUUGAGAAGGAGGCUAGCAACUGCAUACAAGGAUGCUCACAAGAGAUCUACCAGGAUGGCAGAACAGCGAACCAAAAUUGCCAAUAAAGGAAGAAAGUUGAGGGAAUUUGUGGCCGGAGACCUUGUGUAUCUCCAUGACCCAGCAACAAAACCAGGCGAUUCAACUAAAUUUCAUUUGCCAUGGAAAGGUCCAUUCGCCAUUGCUGGGAAGCUGUCAACUGUGAACUAUUUGAUCAAGUUGCCUGAUGGACGACAGAUGGUAGUUCAUGUGAACAGGCUGAAGCUUUGCUAUAAGAGAGGGGAGGCUGAAGCAGAUCCCCUGGAAAAUGUUAAUGAGGACUUGCAGAGGACAUUGGAGAUUGAAGAGAGAGCUAAGGGUACACCCAGUUCUCAUAAAACUCCUGAGGAAGAGGAAGAGGUGGAAUAUAGAGCCCCAGAUUCUGAGGAUGAAUGGUGGGAGCAAGUAUACUCACCAGCUGAAAUUCCUGGGGAGGAUGAGUGA